CUCGUGCAGAUCACGCGAGUAUCGCGCCGCUAUCGGUCGACACUUUGCUAUCUCACACGUGCAAUCUUAUAUCGUGUGCGUAUAUUUUCCCCUAUGGUUUGGUGCUUAUAAAACGAUACGGAAUCGCAUCAAAGUGGUUACAAUCGUUCGAUCGCCCGGGCGGCUUGAAGGGACGAUGGACUUUUCGGCUGCCGUUAUUCUCGCUCUUUUUGCACUCGCUUCGAUAAAUGCGAGCGAGGCUGCCACCAUUCGAGAGGAUGCUUGCACCGUAUCGAUAAACUAUUUCAAGGGAGACCUAAAAGAGCCUCAGCCAUUGUUGCUGAACAAUGAGAAGAAUGGGACGAGCUUUCUUUAUCCGAUCGACAGAUUGGGUACGGUGAAGCUUAAAGCGGGUCAAAGAGUGUUAAUAGCUUGUCCGGGUAAAGGCAAUUACAUUCAGGGUAUAAAGGGACUGAAGAACGUCAAUGAAAUCGAGGCGAGUUGUUUGACUGGUAAAAUAUUUGGUUGCGCGGGACUUCGUUUUAAUUUUACAACUUUAGCCUGCACGUAUUUACCAGCGAAUGUGGCACGUCGGACGAAUAAACCUUGUUACAAAAAUGCGGUUAACAUUGAAAUUGGCUUCCCAUUGAAUAAGGAUUUUCUUCAUACGAUUGAGAUAUGUCGUGACGACGAAACAAUGAUGACUUACUGGUCGAAAUACCGUUUGACUGCGAGUAUCAGCGGUUACCAAUCGGGUUUCCCGAGGCCUGAUAAAUGGCAAACUGGUGACUUUUACAAUAAAUUUAACGUCGAUAAACACUUCAAAGCAAGCAUGCAAAUGAACAUGAUUGGAAAACAAAUCGGCUCGAAAGAUCUCGCCUCGAAGUACAUCAAUUUUUCUACCAGUCGUUACCUGGCACGAGGACACUUAACAGCCAAAGCCGACUUUGUUUACGGGGCAGCGCAAACCUCGACGUUUUGGUACGUGAACGCAGCUCCCCAGUGGCAAACUUUCAACGCUGGUAAUUGGAACACCUUGGAAAUGAGUGUCAGAAACUUCGUUGCUAGAAGAAAAUCGGAUGUGGACGUUUACACGGGGACGUUUGGGCACAUGACUCUCAGGGAUGUCAACGGUAACGAUGCGCCCAUAUACUUGUACGUCAAUGGCACGAGGAAAGAGUUUCCUGUGCCUGAAUUCUACUGGAAAGUCAUUCACGAUCCCGUGUCUAAGGAGGCAACCGCAUUCGUGGGAUUGAACAAUCCUUGGGCCGAAAAAAUCACCGAGAAGAUGUUCAUCUGCGAUAACAUCGCUGACAGAAUCAAAUGGGUUAAUUGGUCACCAAAAAAUAUCGCUAAGGGCAUUUCGUACGUUUGCGAUGUUGACGAUCUUCGAAAAUCUAUACCGUACAUUCCUCGUUUCAAGGUCAAUGACAUCUUGGUUUAGUCAUUGGUAGUGCAUGAUGAAACCGUAAUUGGUCUCUAAUUAACGUUCAUUUAUUUAUAUCAGCAUCAGCCGUGUCGAUGAAACAUUUUUCCUCCGUAUUUACCCACCAAAUGGAACCUUAUCUUCGCAUUUUGUACCGUACUUGCGGACAAAAUCCGCCACAAGAUAUCGCCUUAUUCGACCACUUAUCGUAUAUUGCUCCAUUCUACAUAAUCAAGCUAGAAAAAUUUAUUUGCUGAACCGAAUCAUGUUUUCAUAUCUCGUUCAUUCGAUCGACACUAUUUUUUUUCCUCAUUCCGAUCACAAUUCGAAUAAGGCAGGAUACGACUAAUUCGCUAAUAAUACAAAAAAUUGUGCCAAUUCUAUGUAAUUGCGAGCGCUGAAGUGUGCGCGUGUGUGAGCAUUUUUUAAAAUGCAAUUUGGCAAUGGAUGUGACGAGCUUGUUUGGACGCGACGCAAUCAUCUGAAAAAAGUUAAUACUCAAUUUGUCAUUUAUCGACAAAACGAUUUAGUUGUAACGGACUUUUGUAAAUUUUGGAAAAACUCUUAUAUUUUUUUAAUUUUUCUUAUUUUUUUAAAAAUAAAAAUACAAUUUUUUGAACCACCGUUCUUCCGACGAAAAUUCAAGCUCCUUGGAUAUAUCAUUAUUCACUGUCUGAGCUUUUUUUAAUGAGCUCCGAGACAAGAAAGUUCUGAAGUUGUUACUAAAGUGCAUAUAAAUCGAAAAUUAAUUGCAUUUCAGAAUACUCGAACGAAAUAUUCAAGUUGGAAGAAAAGAAAUUUGUUGUCGUCAUCGAGAUUAUUUUUCCUGCGCAAUAAACUAUUCACAUUUUAUUUGUAUAUGCGCGAUAGAAAGGGCAGUGACUGAGAAAAUCGUAUUUUCAUCACGAGCAGGGCAACAGUCCCGGAGAACGAAUGGAAGUAAUGAGUUCAACCGACUAACCGCUGCCACGAGCGUCUGGACGAUGUACGAGGAAAGAGAGAGAGAGAGACAAAGGCUUGGGAGCUC